CAAUUUGCAUUCUCUGGAUCUCCUACCCACGUUUUUGUGUAAUUUUUUCCUCUCAACAUUUUUCAAUUCCGAUUUGUGGAAUUUCGGAUAAUUAGUAAAAUCGCAGACGAAUGCUGCAGAAAACACAUCGGAGAUCGAAGAGGGUGAAAAACACAGAGAAAGAGAAGAAGAAGAAGAGAAAUUAUAAUUAUAAUAUUAAUAUUAAUUAUUGGUUUAGGUGAUGGAAGGAUUAGAAAUUGAUGGAAUAAUCGAGAGAUUAUUGGAAGGGAGGAAAUGCAGAGGGAAGAAGAUUCAUCUUGCGGAAUCUGAGAUUCGUCAACUAUGCAUGGUCGCCAGGGAUGUGUUCCUCACCCAACCUAACCUCUUAGAACUCGAAGCCCCCAUUAAUGUUUGCGCAGGCGACAUACACGGCCAGUAUCCGGAUCUUCUACGGCUGUUCGAAUCCGGCGGGUUUCCGCCGGAUUCCAACUACCUCUUCCUCGGCGACUACGUGGACAGAGGGAAGCAGAGCGUGGAGACGAUCUGCCUUCUCCUCUGCUACAAAAUAAAGUUUCCCGACAACUUCUUCAUCCUCCGAGGUAACCACGAAUGCGCGUCCAUCAACCGGAUCUACGGUUUCUACGACGAGUGCAAGCGGCGCUACAGCGUCCGCCUCUGGAAGACGUUCACCGAGUGCUUCAACUGUCUCCCGGUGUCCGCCGUGAUCGACGACAAGAUCAUUUGCAUGCACGGCGGGUUGUCGCCGGAGAUGGAGAGCUUGGACCAGAUAAGAGCCAUCCAGCGCCCCAUGGACGUGCCGGAUCAGGGGCUGCUCUGUGAUCUUCUGUGGUCCGACCCGGAAAGAGAGACGAAGGGGUGGGGUGACAAUGAUAGAGGCGUUUCCUACACCUUCGGCUCUGACAAGGUUGAGGAGUUCUUGAGGAAGCACGAUCUUGAUCUCAUUUGCCGCGCCCACCAGGUGGUUGAAGAUGGGUAUGAAUUCUUUGCAGACAGGCAGCUGGUGACCAUAUUCUCGGCACCAAACUACUGCGGAGAAUUCAACAACGCAGGCGCUCUCAUGAAUGUGGAUGCCACUCUCCUCUGCUCUUUCCAGAUCAUCAAACCUCAUAGAGCCAAACCUGUGUUUCUAGACUAACUGAACUACAUAUAUUAUAUAUUCUUGACACCUACUGUUCAUUGUCAACCUUUGAACAAAUUAAUCUCUCAAUGUUGUGUUGUUGCUCACAGCUCGAUCUGUCUCAGCCUUGUAUAUAGCUAGCCUGCAUGCAUGUUCAACCAAUGCUUUAGAGUUGUAUACAUGCAUGCAUGCAUGCAAUCAAAGCAUAUAUGUUCUAUUUAGGUCGUUGUAGAAGCAUUUACUUUUUAAUCUCGUCACAAUUUUGUACUUGUAUACUAAGAUACACUUGUAUGAUCCAGUUUGUACAAGAAAAACUAUAUUCGCGAUAAAU